CACGGCACGAGAGGCGAGUCGUGAAAACUCGCGCUUUCGCACUUGGCAAUGUGUGACUGAACCCUGCACGAUUCCAAAUGGAAGAGAGGGGGCGCGUAGCGGGUGAGCUCGAAAGAUUGAUUGAUGGCGGAACCCCCCACGGAUCUGCCGUAGCAUCUCAGGUCCCGAUGCCCCCACCCCGAAACCCUCGCUCUGCGAUUCAUGCCAAGUCCCCCAUAACCAAAGAGUUAGGGGAGGCGGAUGUGGGGAUGGAAGAAGUUUCGGUGGCGAUAGACGGACGACAACCACCAUGGUUGAAUGGUGUGGAGCUGCUUGAGGAUGCUAAAUGGAAUAAGCAUGUUCUUCCAACUGGAUGUAAAGGGAUUGACAUCCUUCUUGGAGGAGGUUUGCGGGAAGGUCAGUUAACGGAAAUUGUGGGGCCAUCCUCUUCUGGUAAAACACAAGUUUGUCUGCGCUCUGCAUUGGGUGUUGCAGACAUGCAUUUGGGUGUUGUUUUGUUCUUGGAUACUUGUAACUCUUUUUCCCCACACCGCAUUGCACACAUGGUUAAUUCGCAGUCUGACACUUUGGUUAAAGAGGGAAAAGAAGGUAGGCUCAAGAGGAUUAUGAGCAGCAUACUAUGCCACUCCUUAUUUGACAUCUUUGAGUUGUUAGAUGUUCUACAUCAACUUGAAUGCAAAUUGAAGCAUCAGGUAAAAAGUAGUGGCAACAGGAUACGGUUACUAAUCGUUGAUUCAAUAUCAUCCCUCAUAACACCCAUCCUUGGAGGCAAAAAUUCACAAGGACGGCUGAUGAUGAUCACAACUGGAAUUCUGUUGAAGAAAAUAGCAAAUGAAUACAACCUGUCAGUUUUGGUAACAAAUCAUAUGGUCGGAGGAGAGGGAGGAAGUUUGAAGCCUGCUUUGGGGGAGAGCUGGAAGAACAUUCCACAUGUGCGGCUAUCGCUUUCUCAUGAUCAAGGGAGCAAUGUUUGUAAUGUUUCCAUACUAAAGCACACGAUCAUAGCUUCUGGUCGUACAGCAAAAUUUGUGAUCGACAAUUGAAGCUGGUCGUGACCAACUUCAGAUAGGACGAGGGAGGUGAAGCAAAAUGAGGCACAGAUGAACGCCAUAAUGGUAAUGGAAAUAUCUUACAGGAUGUGUUCUAGCUUAUUCCAUUCCUUUUGUUUGGGAGUGCAGUCCUUUUCUUCUCCUGUCCUUUGUCUUUUGUAUAGGUGAAGCCCACCCAAACCCAGGGCAUCUCCAUGAUGUAGCUUGCAGGGUGCAGUCCAUGAUAUAACGAAACCCUGAGUCCUCCAUUGCACAUCACAAUAAUCAACAGUAUUGUAGCAGCUCAACAUUUUGGAGGAAAACAAAGACUUGAAAUGCCCGUAUCUCCUGUCUUCUCAGAACUCCUGGUUCCCAACCGUUGUGUUCAUCACAUGAAACAUGGUCUACAAUGGUAUUUGCUAAUCCUUGGAUCAUUGGAUCAUGCAAAGCAUCAGCGAGGGUAGAGGAAGGUGUGAGCUGCCACAGCAACAAGAUUCUUUGCACCUUCAGGCCAUUGUUGUUGGACAAUUAGAUCAAAUCAUUGUCCAACGAGCCAGGGAGAAGAGGAAGAGAGCCUUUGUGUGAGAAGUCUCUUUUGUAACUUGUAGGUUGCAUGAGAACAAAAGCAUGUGGCCAUUCUUGGCCCUUGCCCAUUGUCUCGAAUGGGAGCCCAAGCAUCAACAGCAACCUCACUGCAACAAAACAAAGAACCCACAGUGAGAGGAGACGUGGACAGGCACAGUAAUGGUUUGAUCCAAUGUAAAUCCUAAGCUGUCUCUCUUAAAAGUUGAAGUCACGGAGUUGUUUGAUCCAAUGUUUAA